AUGGAUGGCCCGACGCGGGGCCAUGGACUCCGCAAAAAGCGGCGGUCGCGGUCACAGCGAGACCGGGAGAGGCGCUCCAGGGGCGGGCUGGGGGCCGGCGCGGCCGGCGGCGGCGGGGCCGGCCGGACCCGGGCGCCCUCGCUCGCCUCGUCGUCGGGCUCCGACAAGGAAGACAAUGGGAAGCCCCCGUCCUCCGCCCCGUCCCGGCCCAGACCCCCGCGGAGGAAGCGGAGAGAGUCCACCUCGGCCGAAGAGGACAUCAUUGAUGGAUUUGCCAUGACCAGCUUUGUCACUUUUGAAGCGCUGGAGAAAGAUGUAGCACUUAAGCCUCAGGAACGCGUGGAGAAACGCCAGACUCCUCUGACCAAGAAGAAACGAGAAGCACUUACCAACGGCCUGUCCUUUCACUCCAAGAAGAGCCGACUCAGCCACCCGCACCACUACAGCUCAGACCGAGAAAAUGACCGCAACCUCUGCCAGCACCUCGGGAAGAGAAAGAAAAUGCCGAAGGGGCUCAGACAGCUCAAGCCAGGGCAGAACAGCUGCAGGGACAGUGACAGUGAAAGCGCCAGUGGAGAAUCCAAAGGCUUCCACAGGAGCAGCUCCCGGGAAAGGCUCAGCGACAGUUCAGCUCCUUCCAGCUUGGGAACAGGCUACUUCUGUGACAGCGACAGUGACCAGGAAGAGAAGGCCUCAGAUGCCAGCUCUGAAAAACUCUUCAAUACUGUUAUAAACAAAGAUCCGGAGCUCGGCGUCGGCGCGCUACCCCACCACGACGGCCACGAUGCGGGGCCCAUUGUCCCCAAGGUAUCGGGUCUAGAGCGGAGCCAGGAGAAGAGCCAGGACUGCGGCAAAGAGCCCCUGUUCGAGCCCGUGGUGCUGAAGGACGCGCGCCCUCAGGUCCCGCCGCCGCCGCCCCAGCCCCAGGCGGAGCCCCAGCCCCGAGCGCCGUCUCCGGACCCCGCGUCGGGGCCGCGCGCCGAGCCCCCGCCGCCGCCCCCACGCCCGGGCGCGCAGCCGCCGCCCGCGCCCCCGGAGGCCUCGCCGCAGCCCGCGCCGCCGCAGGCGCCCCGGCCGCCCCGGCCACAGUCCCCGGGGCCGCUGCCGCCCCAGGCCCUCCCGCCCGCGCAGGCCCACCCCUCCGCCCAGAGCCUCCCCCAGCCGCUGUCCGCCUACAACAGCAGCAGCCUGAGCCUCAACAGCCUCAGCAGUAGCAGAAGCAGCACUCCAGCGAAGACUCAGCCCGCCCCCCCUCACAUCUCCCACCACCCCUCGGCCUCCCCGUUCCCCCUGUCCCUGCCCAACCACAGCCCCCUGCACAGCUUCACGCCCACCCUCCAGCCCCCCGCACACUCACAUCACCCCAAUAUGUUUGCCCCUCCCACUGCUUUGCCUCCUCCACCACCUCUGACAUCUGGGAGUCUGCAGGUGCCCGGACACCCGGCCGGGAGCACUUACUCAGAGCAAGACCUCUUGCGCCAGGAACUGAACACGCGCUUUUUGGCCUCUCAGAGUGCUGACCGCGGGGCCUCCCUGGGCCCCCCGCCCUACCUGCGGACCGAGUUCCACCAGCACCAGCACCAGCACCAGCACACGCACCAGCACACGCACCAGCACACCUUCACGCCCUUCCCCCACGCCCUCCCGCCCACCGCCAUCAUGCCGACGCCGGCCCCGCCCAUGUUUGACAAAUACCCUACAAAAGUUGACCCAUUCUACCGGCACAGUCUCUUCCAUUCUUAUCCUCCGGCUGUAUCGGGCAUCCCCCCUAUGAUUCCGCCCACCGGCCCUUUUGGGUCGCUGCAAGGAGCUUUUCAGCCUAAGACGUCCAACCCGAUCGAUGUCGCCACCCGACCUGGGACUGUCCCACACACUCUUCUCCAAAAGGACCCGAGGUUGACAGAUCCUUUCAGACCUAUGUUAAGGAAACCAGGAAAGUGGUGCGCGAUGCACGUUCACAUUGCCUGGCAGAUCUACCACCACCAACAGAAAGUCAAGAAGCAGAUGCAGUCGGAUCCACACAAGCUGGACUUUGGCCUGAAGCCUGAGUUCCUGAGCCGUCCUCCAGGCCCCAGCCUCUUUGGAGCCAUCCACCACCCCCACGACCUGGCACGGCCUUCAACUUUGUUCUCCGCCGCUGGCGCUGCACACCCACCUGGGACCCCGUUUGGGCCGCCCCCCCAUCAUAGCAACUUUCUGAACCCCGCGGCCCACCUCGAGCCUUUUAAUCGGCCGUCUACGUUCACGGGCCUGGCAGCGGUUGGUGGCAACGCCUUCGGGGGACUUGGAAAUCCUUCAGUUACACCCAACUCAGUGUUCGGCCACAAGGAUGGCCCCAGUGUGCAGAGCUUUAGCAACCCUCACGAGCCCUGGAACCGGCUGCACCGAACGCCUCCGUCGUUCCCGACCCCUCCGCCCUGGCUGAAGCCAGGGGAGCUGGAGCGUAGCGCGUCCGCUGCAGCUCAUGACAGAGAUAGAGAUGUAGAUAAACGAGACUCCUCCGUUAGUAAAGAUGACAAAGAAAGGGAAAGCGUCGAGAAGAGACACUCCAGCCACCCCUCUCCAGCCCCCGUCCUCCCGGUGAGCACCCUGGGACACGGCCGCAGCUCCGGCGAACAGAUCAGGGGGCAUUUGAGCACCGAGGCUCGCGAGAAAGACAAGUGCAAGGACAGGGAGCGGGAGCACUCGGAAUCACGCAAGGACCUGGGCGCCGACGAGCACAAGGCGAAGGAGGGCCCCCUGGCCGAGAAGGACGGCCACGGCCACGAGGGCCGCGCCGCGGGCGAGGAGGCCAAGCAGCUGGCCCGGGUGCCGUCGCCCUACGCGCGGGCGCCCGCCGCCGACAGCGCCCGGCCGGGCAGCGCCGCCAGCCGGGACGCCGAGCCGCGCAAGGGCGAGCCGGCCUACGAGAACCCCAAGAAGAGUGCCGAGAUCAAGGUCAAGGAGGAGCGCAAGGAGGACCACGACCUGCCCCCCGAGGCCCCUCCGACCCACCGGUCCUCGGAGCCGCCGCCCCCGCCGCCGCCGCCCAGCUCCUCGGCCGGCGUGCACCCGGGGCCCCUGGCCUCCAUGCCCGUGGCCGUGGGGAUGCCCGGGAUCCACCCCAUGAACAGCAUCAGCGGCCUGGACAGGACUCGCAUGAUGACGCCCUUCAUGGGCCUCAGCCCCAUCCCGGGAGGGGAGCGCUUCCCGUACCCUUCCUUCCACUGGGACCCCAUCCGGGACCCCCUAAGGGACCCUUACCGGGACCUGGACAUUCACCGCAGAGACCCGCUGGGCAGGGACUUCCUGCUGAGGAACGACCCUCUGCACCGGCUCUCGGCCCCGCGGCUGUACGAGGCCGACCGCUCCUUCCGGGACCGCGAGCCGCACGACUACAGCCACCACCACCACCACCACCACCACCACCCCCUGGCGGUGGACCCGCGGCGGGAGCACGAGCGCGCGGCGCACCUGGACGAGCGCGAGCGCCUGCACGCGCUCCGCGAGGACUACGAGCACCCGCGCCUGCACGCCGUGCACGCCGCCCCCCUGGACGGCCCCCUGCCGCCGCCGGGGCUGCUGGCGCCGGGGCUGCCGAGCGUGCACUACCCGCGCAUCAGCCCCACGGCGGGCCCCCAGAACGGACUGCUCAGCAAGGCGCCGCCGACAGCGGCGCUCAGCGCGCCGCCCCCGCUCAUCUCCACGCUGGGGGGCCGCCCCGUGUCCCCCCGCAGGACUACGCCCCUGUCCGCCGAGAUCAGGGAGCGACCUCCCUCCCACACGCUGAAGGACAUCGAAGCCCGGUAAGGAGUGGACAGGACGCCCGGCGGGACACAGAGGCCCGCGGGCCGCGCAGCGCCGGACUUGCGGGCCUGCCUUCCGCGCGCGCUGGCCAGGCCCGCGUCUCCAGCGCGGGUGGGGAGCCCCCAGCGCUUCCCUGUGUAUAAAAAAAAAAAAAAAUGUAUAGACUCGGUGCAGAUUUUGAAAUGUUUUUUGUAUAUUCUCUGUUGAAAUUUUCCAAAUCUUUUAGCUGAUUCAUACAUUCUCACGUCUCCCCACUCUUUUGGUUUGUCAUAUAAAACUUUUUUUGAUUUGAACCAAAACAGUUAAGAUGACAACACACACACCGACGCGGUGAUAAUUGGGGGGUGGGGGGGAAGCAGACAAGAGUCCACACUAUCCAUCGUGCAGAGAGCUCUUUGGGGUGAGAAGGGAAGGCCGUGUACAUAGUUAUGUAAAGAAAAAAAGGUGGGGGGGGGCUUGUUGCUUCAUGAGCUAAUGGUUCAUAUAUGCAAAAGGGUAAGAUGAAAGCUUUACUUUGUACAGAUGUAAAUAGAUAAAGAUUAAGUAACAUAAUACAUUAAUACUUCUUAAAAUGUGCUAUUUGCAGACUUAAUAUCAGUGAGCACAGCCAGCUUUGGCUGUGUUCCCCAUGUAUUGUUCUAGACAGCUAAACCCUUCAACUAUGCAAUGAAUGUUAGGGCUUUUCACAAAAGCCCGCCUAACUCAAAGGAGCCUUUUCAAGUCCAUUUACAACAUACUUAAGGUCAUAUUUUCCCUGAACAAGCACUUAACGUGAUAUGACUGUUUUCCUUGCUUGUUUUUUCAAAUGGAGAAUAACACCUGAUUUUGCAAAUUGGACCCCCAGGCUGAAACUUUGCAUUUGAAGUUGCUGCUUGUGGGCCUUGGGUGCAUGUAGGGGUGGGGAGAGGAGAGUGCGGCCCCGGAGAGGUAAACCGAGGCCGUGACCGACCAACCAGGGCCAGGGAGGAUGGGAGUGGUCAGAUGCCAAAAUCAGGGGACACAAACAGGCCGCCAGCACCUCGUCACCAUCCGUCACGUGACUUCACACACCCCUCAAGUGGGAACCAUGCGUUUUUCAGUGCGUCCUGUUUCCUAUCUGUACACCCCUCCUCGUUCUGUAAUGAGAUUCAGUUGCACCCAAACAGAUCCUGAAAGAAAGCUUCGCGUUUUCUCAGAUGAUGGAUAUGUUUUCACUGUAUUCAAUAACUGAUGAAGUUCAGGAGCACGUUCCCUAGCAUGACUCACCGCGUUCCCGUCGGUAACCAAGUCCAGGAGGAGCCGAAGCAGGUCAGCUUUGUGGGGCCAGGGAGCGUUGCAGAGGGCGAAAGGUGGCAGGCAGAGAGAUGGUCUUGUGUGUGCGUGUGUUUUUGAGUUUUGCAUCAAUCUUACUGUCUCUUCAUGAUACUUUUAUCAUACAGUCAGCCUCUUGUCUACCUAAUUUGGAGAGAAUAUGACUUUACUAGCAGAGAUACAAUAUAUCUUGUCUACUGGACUGUAAAAUAUAUGUAUGAAAUAAAAUUAGUUCCAUUUGGUCUUCUAGUAUAUUAAAGUGCUAUCUGACGUUGUUAUCCUGUUUUUGCAAAAAAAAAAGUUAACUACAGACCAUUGUUUCUAAUAAGCAGAGAGAUCUAUUUUAGUAGUCAACUGAAGGUUUAGUUGUGAGCUUCAGAUUUUGUGAAUUCCAAAUGUUGUGCAGUGUUUUUUUUUUUUUUAAGACAACAACUAAAAAGGAAAAAAAAUAUCCAAGGAAUAUGUACACUGGAACCGUAGUGGUAGCUUUCAGUAUUGUAAAGAGAUUGUUCUAUACAGACCUUUUUGCUGUUCCUCCUGUAUGUAAUAAAGUCCUUUCUAGAUCCUA